CGGGCCCGGUGACCUGUUGAGAUGAGUCUGUGGUCCAACUUCUUCGUACAGGAUGAGGAGGGUCGGAUCGGUGUGGCGGGGGUUGGUCAAGGUGGGGGGGUGGCUGGAAUGAAAGGAGGACGGGGACACAGACGACACAAGAUGAGUGACAGCCAGGAGGGGAAGAUCAAGCUGGCCUUCUUCGUGGCCAUCAUCGGGGUGACGCUGACGGUCCUGGGCAUGGGGACAGAGUUUUGGGCGGUUCUGGCCCAGCCUAAGAAUUUCAGCGGUAACCAGACCUGUCAGAUGGCCCACUACGGCCUCUGGAAAGGCUGCAUCCGCACACUGUGGGUGGCUGACAUUGACCCGGAGAGGACAAGCUGUGGUCCAGCUGAACUACCUGGAGAUUCCAACUGCACUUAUUUCAAAUUUUUCACAUCUGGUGAAAAUGCAGUGAUCUUCAAAAAGACGACGAACAAAAACCUAAACCUUGCGGCAGCCAUCUUGGCUCUGCUGAGUCUGGUCCUGAUGGUGACCGGUUCAGUCUGCAUCGCCAUGGCCCUGAGUAAAGGCGUCCAGUUCUUUCUCAAACCGGCCGCCUUCUGCUUCAUCCUGUCAGGUGUCCUGGUCCUCAUCUCCAUCCUGGUCUUCCACCAGUCCGUCCUGGCCCUCCUGUCCAGUGACCACUCCGUCCCUCUUCACCACGAGCUCUCCUGGUCGGUGGCCUGUGUGGGGGGGGCCGGAGCCACUCUGAUUUUCGGAGGUUUGCUCUUCAUUCUCCUGUCUCUUCCCUUCAGCCCAUGGCAGAAAUGCUUGCCACACAAAAAUAGCGCCACCUAGCACUUGUAUGCUGACACGCGCUGCACCUGAGGUGUUUUAGCUCCAGCCUCGGUGCAUCUCACACGUCAGAGGGUCGUCGAUGGUCUUAAACCGUUUGUGGAUGCUGCCUGGCCCAGAGGCGCUGCUCCAGGGUCGGACGCUCCUGUAUUUGUUACUUUGCUGCUUUUUUUGACGUAUAUCGCAGUUGUCAGCAGUGUGACGAGGCAACGCUUCACAGCUGCUGUGGUCGGAGGUUUGUUCUGUAGUGAAGUCACAGGCUGAGC